AUGAUGUCUAGGAUCCGGCUCACGGCCGCUCCGUUCUCCGCCAUCCUAUCCACCCCGUUCCGUUCCGGAACCGGGGCACCGUCCGGUUGUAUCUCAGUCUGUCGGUGGUCAUCUACCUACGCCGGUCCGGCGUCCGGACACCCCCUGAAGCUUCUUGUACAUAACCACUUUACGGAGUCGGGUCCCGGAGCAUUUGUCUCCUAUGAUACUGCUCACGCUGCUCAGGAAGACCUCCGCUCACAAUUUCUCAAGUGGAAGAGUCUACCCGAUGAGCAACAACAUGUCGAUGUACCCCGUCCUCACCUGAUCUCCUUUGAGCCUACACCAACUCUUACGCUUGGCCGUCGUCAACCUGCCCUGACACCGGAGCAAACAUCUCGCUUUCGAGCACCUCUCUCUGUUGCACUUAAUCAUAGACGGAAGCCCGUCCCUGAGCAAACUUUCAUUCCCAAUGUAAGGCAGACAAGCCGCGGUGGCUUAAUGACAUACCACGGGCCUGGACAGCUUGUGUUAUGGCCAGUUCUGGACAUGCACUCACCUCUAUAUGCACACUACUCAGUCAUGUCAUAUGCAAGUCAUCUCGAAGCUACCACACGCCGUCUGCUCGGCGAGUUAUUUGGUCUUGAAACUUACACAACCCGAGAAGAGCCCGGAGUCUGGGUGCGUACGCCUGCCGGCCAGCCAGAGCGCAAGAUAGCUGCGAUGGGAGUUCAUCAUCGUCGACAUGUCACAGCCCUAGGCAUCGCAGUGAACAUCGACGUCCCCGUGGAGGGGCCUGAGGAUGCCAACCCGUGGGCUCGCUUUGUUCCUUGUGGUCUUGAGGAUAAGCUCGUUACCUCUGUGGCUGCCGAGUUGGGAGAGAGGGGCGAUGUCGCGCUGCUGGACGGUUGGGAUAUUGCCUCGCUGGCAGAUAGGUGGGCGGUGUUGUUUGACGAGGGUUUGAUGGAUGAGGCGAAGAGGGAUGUUGAUGGUGAAGUAAACUCUGGACUUCGACGAGCUGUCAUAUGA